UGGUUCAGACAGCUGGCUGAAUCUGUGUGGCUUCUCUGUGAGGAGUUUUGACAUCAACGUACACAUAGAUAAACCCUUCAGACAGUCCUGCUCUGAGUUCAUAAAAUCCGAUGCAGCUAUCCUGACGGCAAUCUGCUGCUAUACUCAGGAAUGUGGGCCAGGAUCCAGAUUUUAGCUUUUUGUUGCUUUGCAGUCAUGAUUUGCAUGGAAGGACUAUUUACCUCCAGAAAUAAUUCCCCGCACAAGGACUGUUCUCUGAAUUGUUCUGGAAGAAAGAGAAUCAGAAGAAUUAUUUCCAGAAGAAGCUACUGCAGGCUGAGAGGUUGCUGCCCAGGCAGAGAUGAUAGCUGCAUCUUUCAAUACUAUACUAGGAAUGCCACAUGUUACUGUGAUGAGUUCUGUGCUUCGGAUCCUCUUGGUUCUGUUGACUGCUGCCCUGAUUUCUGGAUUGCCUGCCACAAGCCUCUUCCAGAGCAUAUGAGACCUCAGUUACAGCAAUGGGGUUGCUUCAAAGAUGGUCAGCACUAUGAAGAAGGAGCAAAUUUUAAAGAUAACUGCAAUCCUUGCAAGUGCGUAAACAAUCAUUGGAGGUGCACAGAUGAAAUAUGUCUCAUUCAGCCCAAUUUAAUUGAGCAAAUCAACGGUGGGACCAAUGGAUGGAAAGCUGAUAACUACAGUCAGUUUUGGGGAAUGAGCUUGAAAGAAGGUUUCAAUUAUCGUCUUGGCACAUUUCAUCCAUCUGCUGCCCUGCUGGACAUGAGACCAGUCAUAGAAAACACAGGAGAUGCUGCAGACUUCCCUGAAUUCUUUGUGGCUUCCUAUGAAUGGCCAGGCUGGAUUCAUGAUCCAUUGGACCAAAGAAACUGUGGAGCAUCCUGGGCUUUUUCAGCUGCAAGUGUUGCUGCAGAUAGAAUAGCAAUUCAUUCCCAUGGCUGUUUCACAGGCAACCUUUCACCUCAGAAUUUGAUGUCUUGUGCCAUCAAGAAUCAGCAUGGAUGCAAAGGAGGAAGCAUAGGCUACGCUUGGUUUUAUAUUAAAAAAUAUGGGCUGGUAUCCCAUGCCUGCUACCCUUUAUUCUUGAGUCAGCUUCACCCAGUGACUUGUGCCAUGUCAAGUGUAUUUGAUGCUGAGGGGAAAAGGCGAGCCACAAAGCCAUGUCCAAAUCAGUUUGAAACGUCGAACCAGAUUUAUCAAUGUGGCUCUCCCUACAGAAUCUCUUCAAAGGAGGCUGAUAUAAUGAGAGAAAUAAAAGAAAACGGUCCGGUGCAAGCGAUCAUGAAAGUAUAUGAUGAUUUCUUCCUUUAUAAGAGCGGGGUUUAUAGGCAUACCAGUGGAGAACCACAGCAUGAGCACCAGGAGAGAUUCCAUUCUGUCAAAUUAGUUGGGUGGGGUAUGCUAGAAGAUGCAGAAGGACAAUGGCAAAAAUAUUGGAUUGCUGCAAACUCCUGGGGAAUUUCCUGGGGAGAAAACGGUUAUUUCAGGAUUUUACGGGGACAAAAUGAAUGCAAUAUUGAAAAGCUUAUUAUAGCUGCCAAAUGUCACCUUUAAGAGAUUUUCAUUAUGACAAUUAUUUUGUUCUACAUAUCUUUUGUAUAAAUGGAAUAUAUAAUCUCUAACAUCAAUGUGCAUAUUUAUAUUUGUUAUUUUCUCUUCACUAAAUAUGCUGCAUUUCUGUGUAAGUCAUAA